AUGGUUGAAGGUGCACUAGAAUUUCCCUGCCUUGUGUGGUUGAUAGCAGUCCAAAAAGCAGACGCACAACCAGUACCCACAGUGUGCUCAUCUUAUAUGUGGAAUGCUACUGCUCAAGUCAUUAACAUCGAUAGUUCCGGUUCAACACAAGUAUCAGCGCCCUAUGAUGUUGCCAUUGAUAGUAAUCAAAACAUCUAUGUCGCAGAUUACAAUAAUCAACGCGUUCAACAAUGGCAAUCAGGUCAGAAAAAUGGAAGUACAAUAGCAGGCGUCACUGGUCAGGGUGGCAACGGUUUCAAUCAGUUUAAUAGGCCAACAAGUGUAUUUGUGGAUACAAAUGGUAAUUUAUAUGUUGCUGAUCGAGACAAUUAUAGAAUUCAACGUUGGGCACCAAAUUCUGUCAUUGGCGUGACAGUAGCGGGAGGCAACGGUUUGGGUAACAGUUUAACACAGUUUGGUCCCAGUUAUUCAAUUUACGUUGAUGCCAAUAUGAGUAUAUACAUAUCCGAUUAUCAAUAUCAUCGAGUGGUAAAAUGGGUGUCAGGUGCCCCCAAUUGUACGGUGGUAGCAGGAGGGAAUGGUGCUGGCAGUUCAUUAACACAAUUGCACAAUCCUAUCGGUAUAACUGUCGAUACAACAACAGGUAACUUGUAUGUUGCCGAUUCCGCAAAUCAUAGAGUCCAACGAUGGUCACCUGGCGCAUGGCAAGGAGUGACGGUUGCCGGUCAAUCUGGUGUUCCAGGAACGGGAUCAAAUCAGUUCAAUACUCCACGAGCAGUACAACUUGAUAGACAAGGCUAUUUAUAUAUAUUAGAUUAUGCGAAUACCAGAAUACAGCGUUGGGCGCCAAAUGCAGUUUAUGGGGUGACAAUAUUAGCAACUACUAGUGGCAAAGGUACAAAUCAAUGGACUUAUCCGUAUAGCAUGAAAACGGAUCAACUGGGAAACUUGUAUGUUGUUGACGCGUAUACUAAUCGUGUACAAAAGUACACAUUAUCAUGCGGGCCAACGACGACAACGACAACACUAGCUCCGCUGAGUUCAAUACUACUUAAAAAAUUCAGUUCACAAAUUACAAACAAAGUUAUUGAAUUAUGUCGUAAAGAAAAUGAUGAAAUAAAACUUAAACAUUAUUUUAUUGAAAAAAUCGAAGAUAAUAAAUGGAGAAUUGGUCAAAAGGACGAAGAAAAAAAUCAUUUUAUUACUUCGAGUAUAAUUUAUGGCGAUUCAUGCAAAGACUUAUUAUUUUGUGAUUGUCGGUUUUAUUUACAAAAUCAGUUACCCUGUCGUCAUACGAUAGUCUUGCUUAAUAAAAUUAAUGAUCAUAUGUAUGAUCAAAUAUAUGAAAUACAACAAAUUAUUUCACUUCACAAGCGAUGGUUAAAAAAUCCAGUUAAUUAUUAUUUAAAUGAAAUCGAUGAUUAUAAUAAUAUACAAAGUUAUGAUUCGUAA